AUGGAGAUUACGUGGCAAACUCCUCCUCAUGCUUCUCAGAAACAAGAUUAUGUUCUUUACAGCGGUAAAUUAAGGUUAGUGCUGUCAAAUGUGGACGGAUACAAGUGGAUGGAGAGAAUGUACCUGUUUCCUACAUUGUUAAACGAUCCCAGAAGAUUAGCCACUUCUUACACAGGUUCAUCACAUAUCGCAUUCAAUCAUGAAUCACCAGUGAUGGGUUGGGAUGUUGAGAUUCUUCAAAGUGAACCCGAUGUACUGACAGUUUGCGAACCUGCAUCUGUUCCUGUACAUCCGUGUGAUCAAUAUCGUAAAAACACAGUUUUGGGUAUUCUCCAAGCAGAGCAUGGGCUGGCUCCUUUGUAUCGAUCCAAAUCUAGCACCAUAUGGUGCAAAUAUUUCACUAAACAGUAUGCUGCAAAGGUUUUUGGAGUGUUUCCGGAGGGUGAGCAAGUUGUUGAUUCCAAUGUAGAUUACAAUGCUAGAGAGGGAAGGAGCACUGCAGAGCUUGGCAUCUGUAAUGGUGAUACUACCUUGAAGGGCAAGGCUGCACGUACAAAGUUUACUAGGAUUAGCACCAAUGGGACACAUAGCAUUGUCUUGUGUGAACCAGUUACUGGUCGAACUCAUCAAAUUAGUGUGCAUCUGCAGUGUAUGGGCCAUCCAAUAGCCAAUGACAUGCUUUACCUUUCAGACAAUGUUGUUGAUCGCUGUACUUUAGGAACAACUGCUAAUAUAGCUGCAGCUCUUUCUGGCAGCUCUCCUGAAACCAGUUGUGAGAAUCAUAAUGAAGAAUACAAGUACUGUAAUGAAGAUUUCAGCAUUGAUCCUAUGUGUACACACUGUCCUAAUUUAGCUCCAGACGGGUAA